AUGGGUGAAUACCAUUCGUAUUCUGCAUUUGUCUCAUGGAUGGAGCAAAUCGCGCAAGCCAUACCUGAUCUAGCAAAAGUGGUCAACAUUGGUCUUAGUAGUGAAGGCAGAAGCAUUAUAGGAAUAAAGUUUGGAGAAGAUAAACCAUACAAGAAAGUGGUUGUAAUCGACGCUGGCAUUCACGCUCGCGAAUGGGCUGCCAUCCACACUGGGAUGUAUUUUAUUAACAUGAUCGUCAACAAUCGCAAGGAUGACCCAAAAAUCGUCAGUUACUUGGAGAACCUGGUCAUCUAUAUCUUCCCAGUUUUGAAUCCAGACGGCUAUGAAUACUCACGCAGCAAUAGGACGGAUCCCAGAGCACGUAUGUGGCGUAAGUCGAGGUCGGCAAAGGCGUGCGCGUUCGAUGGUAUCUCGAACGGCUGCUGUCGUGGUGUUGACCUUAACAGAAACUUUGAUUUUCAUUUCGCGGAAAUCGGAUCAUCUAAAUAUCCCUGUUCGGAGAUCUACCAUGGUACAAUGGCUUUUAGCGAACCAGAAACGAAAGCAUUUUCGAAUCUCCUCUUAUCACUGAAAGGCCGACUCCAAGGCUAUAUAACCUUGCACGCAUAUUCGCAACUCUGGAUUUACUCUUAUUCGCACCGAAAAUUCACCUACGCACACGACAUUAACGAAACGAAGCGGAUUGCUAAGAAAGCUGUUGACGAACUUGAGAAGAUGUAUGGCACAAAAUAUCGUUAUGGCACAGGGCCGGAGGUCAUUUACCCAUUUUCUGGAGGAUCAACCGACUGGGCAACAGAAACACUCAAGGUGAAGUAUUCCUAUACGAUUGAGCUUCGCCCAAACUACCAAGGUAUCAUAAACUGGAACGGUUUCGUACUCGAUAAAAGCCAGCUAAUACCAACGGCGAAAGAGACGUGGGCAGGUGUCAGCGUUGUUCUUGACGAAAUCCUCAAACAGUACAAAACCAAUCGAUACUAUAUGUGCGUACGCUUCUAA